AUGUCCAGGGCUCAGAUCUCGGCUCUGGUGUUCGGCGUCGGGGGCUUUGGCGCUCUCGUCGCGGCCACCGCGUCCAAUGAGUGGAAAGUAACCACCAGAGCAUCUUCGGUGAUAACGGCCACUUGGGUUUACCAGGGGCUCUGGAUGAACUGCGCAGCGGACGGCAUGGCGAGCACGGCGUCGGAGAUCAUUGCCUUCAUGGUCUCCAUCUCCGGCUGGGUGCUGGUGUCCUCCACGCUGCCCACCGACUACUGGAAGGUGUCCACCAUCGACGGCACGGUCAUCACCACCGCUACCUAUUGGGCCAACCUGUGGAAGACGUGCGUCACGGACUCCACGGGCGUCUCCAACUGCAAGGACUUUCCUUCCAUGCUGGCGCUCGACGGUUACAUCCAGGCGUGUAGAGGACUUAUGAUUGCCGCUGUCAGCCUGGGCUUUUUUGCUUCCAUAUUCGCCCUGAUUGGCAUGAAAUGUACCAAAGUCGGAGGCUCAGAUAAAGCCAAAGCUAAAAUUGCUUGUUUGGCUGGGAUUGUAUUCAUACUGUCAGGGCUGUGCUCAAUGACCGGGUGUUCCCUGUAUGCAAACAAAAUCACAACAGAAUUCUUUGAUCCCCUCUUCGUGGAGCAAAAGUAUGAGUUAGGAGCUGCUCUGUUUAUUGGAUGGGCAGGAGCCUCACUCUGCAUAAUUGGUGGUGUCAUAUUUUGCUUUUCAAUAUCUGACAACAGCAAAGCACCCAGAAUGGGAUACACGUACAAUGGGGCCACGUCUGUCAUGUCUUCUCGGACCAAGUAUCACGGCAGAGAAGGAGAUCUCAAAACCUCAAACCCUUCAAAACAGUUUGAUAAAAACGCUUACGUCUAA